CAGGGGAUACACGCGUCCUAGCUUCACCCUAGGCCUGCUUCAUCGCGUGAAACGGACAAAGGCCUAUACGAAAUCAACCUAUAUGCCGUCCUACCUGCGGGGUAGCGCAUGCUUUGUAAACGGACCAGACCGGACCAAGCUUAUCAUGGCUGCCAAAUCGAGUCACGACUGAGUCCAGUUUGUUCAUUGCCCACAGUUGCGAUCCGUGCAGGGUAUUAUUUUAUAAUGCAUAUCCGUUCAGCGGCCGAUCAGGUGCGCGAAAUGGGAAAUCAUCCUUUAUACCAAACCAGUCGAGACGCUCUGUAUCGGUGGCUUCAAAUAACGGGUGCAAGAGCUAAUUAUCGUCUCUGUCGUUUUAUCAUUCUUACUCCUCCGAGCAGACAAUGUCUCUUCCUCAGAACACUACCGUGCUUAUUGUCGGCGCAGGCCCCGCAGGUCUCACAGCUGCUCUUUCUCUCGCCCACCACAGGUGCCAUGACUUCGUUAUCGUAGAUGCCGUAGUCCAAGGACAGAAUGCAUCGAGGGCAAUCACCAUACACUCUGCGACUAUCGAAGCUUUAGCUGGUAUCGAUGCAGCAGAUGGCUUAAUGUCCCGAGCCAUCAAGGGGAAGAGCGUCAAAGUCUCCUCCCGUGGUUCGCAGUUCUUUGAGGCUAAAUUCGACCCUCUAAAGAAACAUUCCGCCCACCCUUACGUGCUGUUCAUCCCUCAAAAUGUGACGGAGCUUAGCCUUGGUGUUCAAGUGCAGCGUCCACACAGGGUAGUAGGAAUGAAACAGAACGAGAAGGACUCUCGCAUCACUGACGUGUUCUUUGAGGACGGUCAAGUUAUCAGAGCUAGAUAUAUUAUUGGGGCAGAUGGUGCCCGCUCAACUAUCCGUACCAUCGCUGGUAUAGGGUUCUCUGACCCCAAAGGCCCAAACCCAGAAGGUUCAAACCUAGCCAAUAACGUAAUGGCUCGAAUGGUCUUUGCAGACGUCACAUUCGAGCCUGAACCUGUCGGUCCACUAACCCUCGAGGGUCACCUUAUCUGCACAGUUUUUUCAGGAAAAUUCUUUGUGCUUGCACCGUUCAGCAACCGCUUCAAUGCAGAGUUGACACGAGAUGGAAAGCCCACUACGAAAUCCAUCUUCCGUAUAGGCUGUUCCGUACCUUUAAAUAGCGGAGAUCUCCCCCAUGCUCCACCGAAAGAGUACAUCCAAGAAUUGAUCGACGCAUACGGGCCAGCGUGUAUAACAUCAGAUCCAUCUCUUAACCCGACGCCUGUCAAAGUCGACCAGCUGGUCUGGUCGACACGUUUCAGAACCCAUUCCGCCAUCGCCGACCGCACCUUCAUGCGUCUUGGAGCUGCUAUUUUUCUAGUGGGCGACGCCGCCCAUAUACAUCCACCUGCAGGCGGCCAGGGCAUGAACCUAGCUAUGAGGGACGCGGUCUUCCUUGCAGAGGCUAUCACAAAGCACAUUCAAGCGUCUGUAGAGAAUCCCGAUGUGGAUGAUACCAUGUUGCAGGAAAUUGCGGACGCGCGUCAUGCACGAGCGCUGGAAAUCAUUGGUUAUAGCAAGACGCUUUUGAAACUUGCAAACCUUACGUACGAUUCAUAUGCUUGGUGGAUGCCGUGUAGUCGGGCCUCCAUCCGCGAUCUGAUACUGAGGAUCUUGGGCAGGUUUGAUUACGUGCAGUCGAAGAUUGCAUGGGGCCUGAGUGGGCUUGGAAGACGAUAAUCGCAUAUUUUUGGAUGGCUUGUUCACCGCAUUUUGUGUAUCGUAAUUUGC